AAAUGGCAAGCUACAUUUUGAGAUUAAUGUGAAAACGUUUACUUUCUUUAUUGCCAACUGAAUUUGAAACACAAUAGUGUCUCGACCUCUAUUUGUUGCUGCGCAUCGACCUGAGGUAAUUAUAAGCAAAGACGUCACGCUAAGGUGGAGUUCGUCUGCUAGUGCGUGGUGUUUGCUGUUUUCUUAAACGUCGAUCAAUAUGUGGGAUUUGGUUGGCGCCGUGUAGAAUUUGCAAUGCCUCAAGUUUUUCCAUCUGUUAAGAUAUGGAGUUUAAUCAUAUUUGCUGUUGUCACCUGUUGUUACUCAGCGGCACAUAUCGAGAAUGACGACAAUGUGCUACACAUAGGAGGAAUAUUUCCUAUUGGAGGAAAAGGUGGCUGGCAGGGUGGUCAGGCAUGUGAACCAGCUGCUAAUCUUGCCCUGGAAGAUGUAAAUGCAAGACCAGACCUACUGCCAGGAUUCACACUCAAAUUACAUUGGAAUGACAGUGAGUGUGAACCUGGCUUGGGAGCAUCAGUCAUGUACAACUUGUUGUACAAUAAUCCCCAGAAGGUGAUGCUUCUAGCUGGCUGCAGCACAGUAUGCACAACUGUUGCAGAAGCUGCAAAAAUGUGGAACCUUGUAGUACUUUGUUAUGGUGCCAGCUCACCAGCCCUAUCCGAUCGGAAUCGCUUUCCAACACUGUUUCGUACUCAUCCAUCAGCUACAGUGCAUAAUCCAACAAGAAUAAAACUCAUGGAAAAAUUUGGCUGGUCUCGUGUUGCCAUACUGCAGCAAGCAGAAGAAGUAUUUAUCUCGACUGUGGAAGACUUGGAAGCACGUUGCAAAGAGAGUAAUAUUGAAAUUGUGACUAGGCAAAGUUUCUUAAGUGACCCAGCAGAUGCUGUACGGAAUUUACGAAGGCAAGAUGCAAGAAUCAUAGUUGGUCUUUUCUAUGUUGUCGCAGCUCGGAGGGUGCUUUGUGAGAUGUAUAAGCAGAAUAUUUAUGGGAAGUCAUAUGUCUGGUUCUUUAUAGGGUGGUAUGAAGACAACUGGUUUGAAGUAAAUUUGGAAAAAGAAAAAAUAGAAUGUACUAAAGAACAAAUGAAGAUAGCUGCUGAAGGACAUUUGACAACAGAAGCACUGAUGUGGAACCAAAAUAAUCAGCGCACAAUUUCAGGCAUGACAUCAGAAGACUUCCGCCAGAGGCUUAAUGAAGCUUUGAGCUCACGCUACGACAUAGCUAACAUGCGCUAUCCUGAAGGCUACCAGGAAGCUCCUCUGGCAUAUGAUGCGGUGUGGGCUGUGGCUCUAGCUUUCAAUAAGACAAUGCAAGGCCUUCGCCGCCAAGGGAUGAGUCUAAAAAAUUUUACUUACACCAACAAAGAAAUAGCAAAUGCCAUUUACUCUGCAAUCAACAGCACACAGUUCUUAGGAGUAUCUGGUAUUGUUGCAUUCAGCUCUCAAGGUGACAGAAUUGCUCUGACACAAAUAGAACAGGUGAUUGAUGGGAACUAUGUAAAGUUGGGCUACUAUGACACACAGAGUGAUAAUUUGACUUGGCUGAACAAAGAGCGUUGGAUAGGUGGGAAAGUUCCACAGGACCGUACAAUAGUUCGAAGGGUUCUCCGUACAGUUUCUUUGCCUCUUUUUAUAUGCAUGUGGACAAUAUCAUGUGUGGGCAUCAUGGCAGCGAUUGCUCUAAUUGUGUUUAAUGUUUGGUAUCGCCAUAGGAGGGUCAUUCAGUCAUCGCAUCCGGUGUGUAACACAAUUAUGCUGGUUGGUGUCUGUGCUUGCCUGUGGUCAGUUUUCUUGUUAGGCCUAGAUGGACAGUUUGUGAGUCCUAAUGUGUACCCAGUAAUUUGCCAGGCUCGUGCUUGGCUGCUUUGCACAGGAUUUACACUUGCUUAUGGUGCCAUGUUUAGUAAAGUGUGGAGAGUCCAUCGUCUUACUACAAAAGCAAAGACUGAUAUUAAGAAAGUUGAACCGUGGAAACUGUACCUCAUGGUAACUGGAUUUCUACUUGUUGAUGUGGUGUUGUUACUCACGUGGCAAAUAUACGAUCCCCUUCAGAGACGAAUUGAAGUUUUUCCAUUGGAAGAUCCUGUUUCAACUGAGGAUGAUGUCAAAAUUAGACCUGAAUUAGAACACUGUGAGAGUGAAAAUAACAACAUUUGGCUUGGUGUUAUGUACGGUUACAAAGGCUUAGUACUGGUUUUUGGACUGUUUUUGGCAUAUGAGACACGAAGCAUCAAAGUGAAACAGAUAAAUGACUCUCGUUAUGUGGGAAUGUCUAUUUACAAUGUUGUCGUGUUGUGUCUUAUUACUGCUCCUGUUACAAUGGUCAUAGCAUCACAACAAGAUGCUAGUUUUGCAUUUGUUGCUCUUGCUGUAAUAUUCUGUUGCUUCUUGAGUAUGGCUCUUAUAUUUGUACCAAAGGUAAUAGAGGUGAUCAGACAUCCACGUGAUAAAGCAGAAUCAAAAUACAAUCCUGAUGUUGGCAUGACAAAAGAAGAUGAGGAAAAAUACCAGAAACUGGUGGCAGAAAACGAAGAAUUACAAAAGCUUAUAGCUGCUAAAGAAGAGAAAAUCAGAAUGCUGAAGCUACGCCUCCAAGAACGAGAAGCAGCUAAAGCAGCAGCUGGAGUCAGUUUGGCACAACAGAGCUCUUCUCACCACCAGCAGCAGCAAAGUCAGCCAGAACAUCGUGCACAGCAGCAGCCCCAACAGCAGGUGGAUGACGCCCCUCCUACAGGAAUGAGCUGCGUAUAAUAUGCUAGCUCCGUGACGUCUGUGAUUCUCAACAUGCUUUUCCAGCACCUGGAUUGUCAUCUUACCAAGGUCUCAAACAUUCUGUUAAAAAAGUGAUAUUUUAUUUGUGGUACAGCUGAUGAAGGUUUUUUAAUUUUUUCCUGUUUCUUGAAUGCUGAUUUCUCAGCUUCUAUGUGCUCAUUCAAAAUUAUGCUCAGAUCAUAAUUGUAAUGGUCUGAACUUGAAUAGUCUUAAGGAAUAUGUGUGUGUGAUAGUGAAUGUGAAUAGAUGCUUGUGAUGUGUCAGCCCUGUGAUGAAAGGCAGUACUAAUAUAUGCCCAUAUGAGAAUGUUGUGUGUUGUAGUUCAUACUUAGAAGAUUGUGUGUGUUUCCAUAUUGCUCUGAGAUUUGCAAUAUUCUGUGCCAUACUGCAUUUUUUCCCUCAAGAAGUUCUGUGGAAAUAAAAAACAAUUUUGCGACAUAUCUGAAGUAUAUGGUAUAAUAUUUAUCCAUUAAAGAAUCAGUGUGCUUGCUAGGGACAUAUAUACAGUUUAUUGUGUGUGUGUGUGUGUGUGUGUGUGUGUGUGUGUGUGUGUGUGUUUUCAAGUGCACGCUGAAAUGUCGUAAAAUGUCCAGCAUGCCUAAAUGACAUGUCAUCAUUGAAAUAACAUAUAUUUGGUCUUUUUAACCAGUUAUCAUAUUACAAGAUAUGAGUACAUAUGACAUCUGGGACAAGAUAUAUCUUACUUCGACAAUGGUGUGUCAUUUAGGCAUGUCCGACUGUUUAUGACGUUUCAGCUUGCACCUGAGAUUGGGUAUAAAGCCGAAAUUAUUAUUGUGUGAAAUUGCUGAAUAGAAAUUUACCGUCAACUAGUGGAAACUUGUUUCAAAAGUUCCCCAUGACUGUGGUCCCCCAAGAAGUGAAAAUCAGUGGGGAAAAAGCAGUAUCAGCACUAGGUGAAACUUCUAAUUUUUAUUGUGUUGUCAGUGAAUAGGAAAUUGCAACAUUUGCUUAUAAUUUCUCUGUUAGUGUGCAUGCUGUGUUAUAAAAUUAGGAUAUUUAGUUAUAUAAGUGUCCUUUAAAGUAUUUGAAGUAGCCUCGCAAUGUGCUGCUCUGAUGUGUUGUGGGUACUUUAUCAUAGUCUGAUACUGAAGAACAUGUCAUAAGCUUAAUGUCACUGACUUUUACUAGUGACAGUUAAAAUUUGUAUGUAGUUAUAUGGUUCUCCUUUGAAGGUGGUUUUUUGUUAUGACAUGAAUUAUUAAUUCUGUAGAUGUGUUUAGGAAAGUUUUGGCAGAAUGUAAAUAAUUUAGGAGGAAAUGACACACACACACACACACACACACACACACACACACAGUCAGCUGGCAAUGUUGAAAGACAACAGAGUGUGUGUGUGUGUGUGUGUGUGUGUGUGUGUGUGUGUGUGUGUGUGUGUGUGUGUGUGUGGGUGUGGGUGUGGGUGUGUGUUGUAUUUACAAUUUAUUGUUUUCUUAUCUUCAGAACUAGAAUAUCUGCAUAUUAUUCUCAGCUAUUUUGAUUCAGUGUAAAAUAUCACAGCAGCUCAUUUUAAACUAUCACAUAUCAUAACAGUCCUUGAAAUUGUAAAUUAGCUGUUUAUUUUUAAAGUUGGAAGAAUUAUUUAACGGAAUUGUGGGAAUAUCAGUUAAACAAUUAUUUCCACUUAUAUUCUGCCUAAAAAGACUUGUUGAAUACCUCUACAGGCACUGUAACUGCUGAGAUUGCUUAAACCAUGUUCCCUGUAACAGACAGAACUGAAAUUUAAAAGCUCACAUUUUUCAGUCACAUUGAAUUUAUUUAUUCCUUCCCCCGUAACAUCUUACUAUGUAUCCUAAAGUAUGUCACCUUGGAGAUGGCCUCAAAUUAUUCUUGGCCUGCACCCUGGCUGUCUGAUCCUUGUGUUUACUUUGUUGUGUUAUAAUGAAGGAACCAAUAAUUCAUAUUCAGAACUAGUUGCCAUUGGAGAAAGGUAAAUUAAAUUCAAGUUACUUACAAUUUUUUUGAAAAUUCCAUUUCCCAAGUACCGAGUCUAUGAAUGAAUGUAUCCAGUCAUGCUUUACAUUGUAGUUGCCAGUAUGUUGAGAAGAUAAAAAGGCCAUGACAUACCUGUAUGGAUGCAUGCUGUAAGAGAUCUGUUAAAGAUGGAUGAUGCCCAAUAUUUUAUGUUAGUGUCCAUGUAGACUUACUAAUAAUGCAGAAAGAAUGAACCCAUGUUAUUUCAUAUAACAGAAUGAACAAAUGUUAUUUCAUAUAAGUGCACCCUGCCUGGUCACAUUUUGAAAUAAAUUAUUGUUCACUUAUUUUUUAUCUUUAUGAUAUUUAAACUAAAGAAGAGUUCCUUGUACAUAAAACAAUUGUACAGUUUCAUCAAUACUGUGUUACAUAAAUUGCAGUACUUACUAUUUUAGUACCUGCUGGAAAAUCGUUUUCUUGUGCAACAGCUGAAAUGACCUGUACGUUACAGUUGUGUUGGGGAAAAAAAGAAGUGAUUUAAACCAGGUGGAGAAAAUGAUUUUUCGAAAUAUUUACUUAUCAUAAAAAGUGCAAAUAACAGAUGAAACGCGGACAGGUCAUUUAGUGAAAACCUUCAUAUGAAACACUGAGGAUUAAGUUAUGAUGAUUCUGUUAAAUAAAGUAAUUUUUACGCACUGUAAUAAAAGAAGAAGAAUGAGUUGGGAAAUGCCUGCCAACAAUGUGGAUGGUAGUAGCCCAGAUCAGAGGAGAAACAAAUUGACCGUCCACGGCGGAACAUGCAACAGCAGAAAUAGUUUUUCUGUCAGUCAAUGAUUGUCACACACAUCACGACAAUGCUCAUUGACCAAUGUAUGUCAUGGAAUUGGCAGUGCUUUUUCUUCAGUGAAGUAUCUGAGGUUGGGUUUGUUCAUUGUUGGUGAUUAGCAGAAGGCGAGAGUGCUGCACGCCGAGUGCAUUCGCCCCAUAGCCUACUGUAGCUGAAGAUUGCAGAUUAGCUCCCAUAGUUCCACAAAUGAAAUUUGUUUCUACUGUAAGAAUACUUUUUACAAUUAUAUGUGGAACAGAUAAAUAAACUAAAUGAAUGGAAUGUAACAAUUUUCUCAUUUUUAUUUACAGUACUUAAAAAUUCUUUUGCCUUUCCUAUUGUUACCAUGACUACUGGGUAUUGUUCUGAUAAAACACAUCUAAAUGGAUGAGAGGGAAAUGCUGUCCUGCUAUUCAAAAUGUCAAAUAAAUUGUUCAUAUGUUUUAUGUUUUAAGCUGUAUCAAUCUGCUUUGCCUUAGUUGCUCUACGUGUCCUGACAGCUGCAGCAACAGUAUGGCUGAGUACUUGAUCUGCCAUUUUCACAGUCAUUUUCUGAAAUGAAUCAGGUUGUAAAUGACUGUCAGUGAAUUUUAACUGUAUCCGUUUGUUUUUUUGUCAGUGUUGUAUGUCAGCCUGACAUCUUCAAACAAAAAAAGAGCAUUGUUGAAAGUCAAGUUGCCACUGAGCAGAUUGUUUUGUAUGCUUUUGAAUAAACAUGGAACAUCUUAAAUAGCAAACACUCACUGUUUAUUCACACUGAAAUACGGUUUUUCUGGUAUAACCUGUAAAUGCCUGGGAAUGCUUCAGCUGAAAGCUCCCUGAUCAUAAAUGACCAGUUUUCAUUCCAGGUUUGCAUUUUGCUAUAAGAUAAUUUGCUCCUGUUAGAGUCCCAAUAAAUCUGCAUGUUUUACUCCUGAAUUAGACUAAAAGUAUGAAACAGACAGUUUCUAGUUACUGUAGUUACCUCUAAUCAUAAAAACAAGUGCAUAAUUUGUGUAAGGGGUUCCCUUCCCGUAUCACCUAAAUCCUCCAGCCGCCUAUUAAAUCUGGAUCGUUUGGGUAUUCCAGAUGCCACAUUAUUGACAUCUUGUCAAAAGACAUUACACCUGCUCUUUCUAAACAGAUUUGUGCCUCAGAUUUCUUGCUAAGUUGAUUAAAAAGGCUUUCGUUAAAUCCUGGUAGAAAUUUUGUGGCACCAUUCCAUUGUCUAAUUGUAGACUGCCCAGGUAAAAUGAUGCCCAGUUUUUGAAGAAAAAUUAUACAUUGAAGAUUUGUAAAAUAACAUUAGAGAGAUUUUUUUUUCAGCCAAGGACCAAUGACACUUGUUUGCUCUUGCAUUGCGUGUCAACCCCCAGUGCCCUGGAAUAAUGAGAAACUGCUAAACACUUGGAUUAAUAUUAUAUGAGCUGCUAAAGUGCACUAAUCAUCCCUUUAAUUUUUGACAAGUAGGAAGAUUUGUUUUUUAAAGAUCAGUUCAUAUUAUUAAUUUUUUGUUUCACUAUUUUCUUUUUUGGAGGAGUAUCAUCGUCAUCAUCAUCAUCAUGAUCACACCAUAAAGAAUUUUCUUUUAAUUGUCUUGCAGGCAUUUCUGUGAUUUCUGAAAAUGCUUCACACUUUUGUGGUGUUCUAUUGGUUUCUGCCAUAAGGUGACUAGCUGCACUGUGUGUUCUUCAUGGUGUACUCACUUUCAGUUCAGGUGAUGGUGGUCUUGUCCGUGGGUCCCUCACAUAUUGCUGAAGAACCAGUAUCAGAUGUAAAUUUUAGAAUAGAGGAACUGCUGUUUGUGUAAGCUGUUGUUACCUGGUGUUCAUGAAUGAUUUGUCUUAAAAAUGAGCAUCACACAGGAGUCUGUUGUGCUACUUUUCUGGAUCCAUACCCAGCAAUCUGGCAUUUCUUGUAACAAUAACUGUCUGACAAAAAUGCAAAAUAUAUAUUUAGAGUCCAUUAAUAACUCUAGUAGCUCAUAUAGUGUUAGAUUCAUUAAAAAAAAUCUUUCAUCAAGUAUUUGCAAACAGAGCUCUUUAUUUUCAAGCUUAGCUGGACUAAUUUAAAUACUUCGAUUUUCAGAGCCAUGCACGAUAUAGUGCACAUUCAAGAGACAGUUCUAUAUUACAUUUUAGUCCCUACAUUCUUGAAAUGUUGUGUUUACUGCAAGGAUAUUUUAAGCAUGGAUAACACUAAUCAAAUUAACAUUGAAGCAGAUUGCAUUCUCUCAUGUGCAAACGGUAGGCGUGUGUGAGCAAACAACAUGUUUGCUUCAGAGUUCACUUGCUAUCCACCAUGCCUGUGACUUUUUGAAAACAUUCAGAAACACGUGAUUUCUAAUCUCUUAUUCUAUGUGACAUUAUUUGCUUCAUAACCUGUCUUUAAUGUUGUCUUCCUUUCUUGCUUAGCUUUUUCACACCGAGAAACAAUUUAUUAGCGAAUUUAUAAUCUCAGUGUUUGCAAGUGUUUAUCUGAUGAAAUUCUUGUCCUGUUGUGUUUCCUUCCAUUCACUACCAUGUAAAUGCUCUUGAAAUGCACAGUGAGUAAUGGAAAGGAAUGGCAGAGAACACUAAUUAAUUGCACACUGAAGCCUGGUUUCAGAGAACGAGAAUAAUACUCUCUGGUCUAAACGAUUGACAAGCAUGAGAAAACAUUUGGUCACAUUUGGUAUGCAUUCGCUGAUGUUUGCUCUUGUUCAGUUAGUUGUCGGUAUUAUAGUGAAGCAUCAAAGAAGGCUUGCACACUCUCCACUUUUUUACUAGCAUCACAAACAGUAUUCUUCUGCUAAUUUGUGUGUAAACUACUUUAUGGUUAUCAUCAGUUAUUAAUGUUCUGCAUUUAAAUUUCCCCCGCAAGUAUAAUGAGGAGCCAGCAAAAGGUAUCAAUCAACAUAUGUGCAAGGUUUUGGGAUAAUGCUAAAGAAGGCUGGAGCACAAAUCAGGUUCACAUGAACUUCCCAAUGCCUUUCAUGAUUAUGUAAAAAUUCACACACGUACAUACUCACUUUCCUACUCCAUUUUGCUUGCUUUGUCAAAAACAGCAGGCAAAAUAAUUCUAUCUCAAUAUCGAAGUUGUACGUUAUCUGUUACCAUUGUUUGCGGUGUGGCAAAGUUGCCCCAAAUUUCACCGAAUGAAAUGUCAUCUAGUUGUUGUUGCCACCAGUAGUGGUGUGAUGCUGUCGUUGCCUAGUGGCUGUUCACUGACAAGGACUGCCUGCCAGAGCAAGUGCUUGGUCAAUCUGUUUCUUGUGUGAUCUGGGGUAGUAGUAUGGAUGAUACUCCAUUUUGAAAUGUGACUGCUUUCCAGGUAAAAUUUGAAAGAACCACUUCAUUCCUAUAAAUUCUUUUGCAUUUUCUAUGAAGGGUUUUUGGUUCAGAAGAUUCCUUUGCAGACAGAUUCUGACAGAGUAUAAAGGCACUAAAUUUAGGUUAAAGACUGUAAAUGCAGUCAUUCUUACUUUUUUUAUUUAUCAAGAAAAUAAGAAUUUGCACAAGGCUUUAAACUAUAGAAUGAAACUACUACUGUGUUUGUUUGGUUGUCAUUUAUCUUUUUCUACAACGUAAUAAGAGUGCAACUUGCAAGCUGUUUAUGACAGUAUGUCACACUUGUUUGCUAGUCAUAAAGUGUCAUGCAUUAAUAGAAUGUAGAAUUUUCUAGAUUUAACAGUUGACAUUGCAUGUAGUGUCAGAGAUUUGUCCAGAUAUCUUGAUAUCUCUGUAUAUGUUGUGUAGUUGAAAUUAGUGUAGAGUAACAUUGUAUAUAUUAUUCAUCUGCAUAGAGUAAUGCUGUUCAAUUUCUUUACUGUCACUGAAAUACUGAUUUAUUUUCUCCAUCAGUGGUGAUCAGUUUUCUUUUUGCAGUAUCUGUUAAAAAUGUAUUUCAGCACUCUAUAUCUCUAUAUCUCUCUCUCUCUCUCUCUCUCUCUCUCUCUGUCUCUGUGUGUGUGUGUGUGUGUGUG